UGAGUUAUCUGUUUCUAUAAGUAUUACUAUACUCUGUGGUUAUCUGUCACUCUGUCAGAACUCAAAAAUUUAAGCUCGCUUAGCACUUGCAAAAUAAUUCUUUUUAGAGAAAUACUUGUGAAAGCACAAGUCGUUAGAAUUAUAAUAAAUUAAAAUGGCUUUGAGAACUACUGCAGUUCUUGGCAGUAGCCUUAAAAAAUGGGCUUACAACUUAUCAGGAUUCAAUAAAUAUGGUCUUCAUCGUGAUGAUUGUUUGUAUGAAAAUGAAGAUGUACAAGAAGCACUGCGCCGUCUCCCUCAACAUGUAGUUGACGAACGUAAUUUUCGCAUGAUUCGUGCAAUUCAGCUUUCUAUGACGAAAACUAUCCUACCCAAAGAGGAAUGGACUAAAUAUGAAGAAGACAAACUCUACCUUACUCCUAUUGUCGAACAGGUCAAGAAAGAAAGGAAGGAACGUGAAGAGUGGGAAAAAGAAUAUUAAAUGGUUCCACUUGUAAUAUAAUAAUUUAAUUAAAUUUAGCAAUAUUACAAUACUGUUUUAUUUAAACAAAAGACCAUUAAUUUGAAAAAAUAUUUUAUUGAAAAAAAAAUUAAUAUAACUAAUAAAAUAUGGCAUAUACGGUAAUUUAUAACCUUAUAGGCAAAUAAUUAAUGUUAUAAACAUAGUAAUCAAUACAAA